UUUGACCGAGUUCGUGAUUUGACAGAUCUUUGCGAAGCAGGCCGAUGGUGCCGUGAGCACAGUGCGGUGCGAGGGCAGGGGAAUCAAGCGAAAGCUGGACUCCAUCCACGCAAUGCAUUCCACUCUGCAUGAAGACCAGGAUGAGCCUAAGGAUGAUCCGGCCGGCGCGAAAAAGGCGCGGGUGUUCGCGGUGGGUGAAGUCGUGUGGGGCGCCGCCCGAGGUAACGCCGCCUGGCCCGGCAAAAUCGAGGCGCUCGGCCCGAUGCCUCAGCAACGCCACCAGCAGCCAGCCACUGUCCUCGCCGCCACCACCACUGCCGCCCCCGCAACCACCACCACCACCACCACCACAACCAGUAGCAGUACCAACGGCAACAGCGGCGGACCAUCCGUCUGGAUCAGGUGGUACGGUCCCCAGCGUGAGGCAGGCCUCAGCCAGGUUGCAGUCAAGAGCCUUAAGUCCCUGUCAGAAGGCCUCGAGGCGCACCAUCGCGCACGAAAGAAGUUCAGGAAAAGUCGUAAAUUGAAUACGCAGCUGGAGAACGCCAUCCAGGAGGCGAUGGCCGAGCUCGACUCUAAGCCGAAGCAGCGUUCUCAGCAACAGCCGGUACAGCAGCACCAACCGAAGCAUCUGCAGCCGAGGCAGCAGCCGGAGGUGGUAGUCAAAACGAGGCCGAGGGAGAGGCUGAUAGCGCCCUUGCCGGCUGGCGCUACGAAUCCCCAGCAUCAGCUGCAGACCGCGCAGCGGAUGAUCGGGCUCAGAAAGACGCCUGGCAGGAAGGUGCCCCAGGUGGCCCUGGUGGCUCUUGCGCCCGCCACUCGACAAAACGCCAGCUAGGACGCUCCACGAUUCAUCCUGAUGUUCUCUUGUCACCGUCGUCGUCCUCGUUAUUGUUGUUACAUGUUUUGUGUUUGUUUGUUUUAUUACUUGUUACAAGCGUUUUUUAUCGGAGCAUUUAUUUAUUUAUUAUUAUUAUUAUUAUUAUUAUUAUCAUUACUAUUACGUACAUGUAUAUAUUUUCUCAAUAUUGGAAAAAUUACAUUUUUUUUAUUAGAAAUUUUUCCGAUGCAUUGACGGAUGAGUUAUCGGUUUGGUGGAAUUGAAAUUUUUUCACUCGUCAAAGGUAAAGAUAUCGAGCCUGUGAAUUUUUUUUUUUCGUUUGAAUUUUCAAUUGCCAUUGUUGUUCAGAGUAUACUUUCAUUGUGAAGCUGCGAUCUCUUCCGUGGAUACCAAAAUUGUACCUAAUUUAAAUCCAAACAAAUUAUAUUUAUUUAUUAGCUUUAAAUUCAAAAAACUACUCCGUUUGCUCCGACUAAACGCAGUUCCUUGACCCGGUGGUACGUCAAUUUCUAUUUCUACUGAAAGUAGACUAAAAUUGAUAUAUAAUGUGUGUAUAUAAUUGGGCCUAAAAGCAUUCGCUUGAUGGAGAACAAAAAAAGUGAGAAAACAAAAGAUAGUCACUUUUGUUCUUUUUAGUUUUUAAGCAAACAAAUUUGUAGAUCGAAAAAGAAAGGGCCAUUUCAUAAAAAAAAAAAAAAAAAAAAAAAAGUUAAGGAAGGCCGUGGAUCGAUAAUAAAUACCAUUGUACAGAAAAGCAUUAAAAAAAAAAGUUAAUAAGGAGAGAAAAAGACGAACGGUGACGACGAUUUCUCAAACGCUUGCUUGUACAUAGACUUUUUGUUUGUCUAUUCGCGCUGAGAAAAAAUUAUUAGAUAAAUAGUGCCAUAAAGCUCCUUUGUACACGAUAAUUUCUUCUGGUAUUAUAUGUUUACGUAUCUUACGUAAAUGUAUACAGGCUUUUAUAAAAACUAAUUUAGUUUUUUUUUUCAUUUUAAUUUUUUAAUUAUUUGUUUGUAUGGUUGGUAGACAUUUUAGUCUAUAACUUAAUGGCUAUGUUAUUUUGAAUAUUUUAAGAUUUUUCGUUAGAACAUGAUUUGUAUGUAUCUUUUAUGUCGGCAUUGUUUUUUACAAAGAUGAUUUUUUCAAUACCUAAAUAUAAACAAAUGUAGGAAAAUAUGUACAGUUGAUUUGUUCUACUGAAAUUUUGGAAUAAAUCAAUAAGGAUAUUUUAUAAAUUGAAUAUUUUUGUAGUUUAUAUUCUAAAGGAAUCUCGAUUUCACUUUACUAUUUGUUCUUUCUUAUGAUAUUUAAACAACAAAUUAAUUUUAAUAAAAUAAAAAAAAAAAAACACGCUUCAAUAUAAAACAUUUUUUAUUUAUUUUAAUAAUUUAUUUACCUUGUAUAGUAUUCACUUGAAGAUUAAAACAACUUAAUCAAGACCUAUAAAUUGGUUCAAUUGGUUUCAAAGACAACAGUUUUAUUUUACGAUAUAUAAUAGUUAUGAUGCAUUGGUGUAUAUAAAUAUGAAAAUGUGUACAUCAUUUAUCUAUAAUUUUCUCUCUGUGCAUCCAUCCAUUUUAUUUUCGAUUACAGAAUUGAUAAAAUUGCAAAAAGAACAAGAAAAGCAAAGGCUGUAAGCUAUCAAAAAUUUUAAUCAAAAUAUAGUAAUGGGUAAACGUUUUCUUUUUGAAUGAUGUAUAAAUAUAUGUAUAAAUUAAAUAAAAUACAAUCAAACUGAUAUUUUAUCAAAAUACGUGUAAAUUAGUAACAUAAAUGCAUUUUGGGCAUCGAUAAAAAAAAAAAAAAAAAAA